GGAUCAUACGCGUGUGGGGUGCGAAACAAUUAUUUCAGUUUUUGCGACGGGAUUUGGGUGAGGACAUUGGCAGGUUUUCGUCAUGAUGCUCCUUCCAGUUCUACGACCAGUACAGAAAUCCGCUUCGCGGUUGCUGUUGGCUGGGACCAAUGCAGCCGUCGAACUCACAGAUCAUGGAGCUCCGCUUGAGGUCCCGGCGCCCACCGCGACGCCGGCAGCAUGGAAUGGGAUGCCUAGCGAUCUGCGCCCGAUGAUGGCGCAGCCAUUGACCUGGCAGGGACCGCAGGGACCCGCGAGGUGGCCAGCAGUUGAGAACCUCUUGGCGCAGGGUGCGACCAGUGGUUCCGCCCCUAGCGCGCAGCAUCCUGAAACGCAGGAAGAGGGGGAGUCCCAAGUUCAGGACGGCCAACUCUCAACAGAGACAGGUGCCCAGUGCAUGUGGCAGUUCGAUGCUCAUGCUGUUUUCCCACCUGGCGCCUGCGUGUGGCCAGCAAUUCUCAUGACUAGCGAUGGCUGCCUCAGUGGUUUUCCUGUGGCUCAAAUGCCACAUUCAGAUGUGACAGCACAGCCGCCAAUUCAGCAGCCAGCGCUUAGGAGUGAUGUCAAGGAGACCAAACAGGUAGAGGCAUCUUCAGGUGCUCCGUCCUCCCCCAGAUCCCUUCGAACCUCGGCCAGCCGAAAGCAACGUCGCCGUUUGAAAGCUGCGAUGGCGGCCGAUGAGAAGAAACAUGUCGCUGACGAAGCGCAGCUGAAAGGCCCUGCUCUGCCGGGUCUUGUUGCAGGACCCUCUGCGUCUCAGGCGCAGCUUUCAUUGCCAGUAAGCCCUGGCCCCCUUGAGUCCAAGGAGCCGUCGGAGCCCAUCCAGCUGUGGCCUCCGACGCCCGAAUCCACACCUGCAUGUAGUCCCAGAGAAUGGCCGAGCAACGUCGCAAUGGCGCCACAGCCCUUCGCCUUCCCAGGAGUGUGGCAGAUAGAGAUGCCCAACGUGGCAGUGGAACAAAGCCUUCCUCUCUCUGAGUUGCAAGUAGAGGAAGUUCCAGAUGAAGAGUUGCAGGAAUGUGAGCGAAUGAUCUCGCAACUGGAAUCAUCUGCCAAGUCUGAGGUCUUGGAGAUGCUACGGACUUCAACAUGGACCAUGUCUUGCACGGCUGGUGGCACACGAGUAGUCCAAAAAGCACUGGAAGUGGCGGAUACACCGCAGCGUGUAGCCCUGGCCGAGCAACUGCAAGGGCAUGUGAAAGAAGCCUUUGUCUCGCCACAUGCCAACCAUGUGCUUCAGAAAUGUAUCGAGCUGAUUCCACCUGAGCGCCUUGGCUUUCUGCUUUCCGAGAUGCGCGGCCAUGCUGUGGUGGCUGCCCGGCACCGCUACGGAUGCCGAGUCCUUGAGCGGCUCUUAGAGCAUUGCCCCAGCGAACAGACGGCCCCAUUGAUUGAGGAGGUCCUUGCCGGGGCACCACAACUCUGUCGCCAUACCUUCGGGAACUUUGUGGUGCAGCACGUCUUGGAGCAUGGGACGGCCCAGCAGAAGCAUCACAUCGUCGAGGUGAUCCAACAGGACCUCCAGCGCCUGGCACGUCAUCGCGUGGCCAGUCACGUGGUACGCUGCGCGCUGAAGCACAGCGCAGCAGAAGACAGGCAGCAGCUGGUUCAAGCCAUCAGGAAAGAUCCUGCUGACCUGGCUGACUUGGCUCAUCAUCACUGUGGAAGCUUCGUGGUACGGGAGAUGCGUCGCUCCGACGUGCGCCGUUGAGGGCGUGGCGAAUUGGGCCCAUUGGCCCUGCCAAGGGGCUGGGCUUGGCCGAAGCCGCUGAAUUCGAAGGCGGAGAUUCAGUGAAGGUUUGACAAAAGAUCA